AUGACAGUUUUAACUGAAUUAAAUUUCUUACUGUUGUGGCCUGUGGGUCUUGAGAUUUUUUAUGUUCUUUACAGAGAUUUAGGGGAUUUGUUUGAGUUGUUUGUUUUGUUAGAUGCUAUUGUUUUGGGUGACUUGAAAAUGCAUGAUGUCAAGUGUACAAGACAAGAGUUACAAGAACUAGACCAUUACAACGAUGUUAUGAGUGCUGAUGAUGAAGAUGAUGAUGUUGAGAUGCUAGAUUCUGUGAAUGAGGAUCCAACUGUUGGUUGUGCACCUGCACAAGUUGCACGUGGAAAUAAAAAUAGACUUAGAUCCGAAGUUUGGGAAUUUUUUAAACUCGUUGAGUAUAAGGAUGGUACAACAAAGGGGGUGUGCAAGGCUUGUAAUGUAGGAUAUAAAUAUGAAAGCCAAAGAGGUGGAACCUCAGCCAUGAAAAGGCAUAAGUGCAUUAAACGUCAGUCUAUGGACGUAGGGAAGAUGAUAUUAGCUUCACAAAAUAGCCAGCUGUCUACCCGUGUACGCAAGUUUAGGGAUAUAUGUGCUUAUUUAAAUGAUGACUUUAAACCAAUAUCAAGAAAUACUGGGAAAGCCGAUGUGGUAAACAAACAUAAAGCACAAAAAGAAGUUAUUCGCAACAGAUUGAAACUUGCUCCAGGUAGGAUAUGUCUAACAUCAGACAUGUGGACUUCUUUAACAACUACUGUAUAUAUAAGCUUAACUGCGCACUAUCUUGAUAAAGAUUGGGUAUUGCAAAAGAAGCUUCUGAAUUUCUCUCCCCUUCCACCACCUCAUACAGCUCUUAUUGUAAAAGAAGGACUUACGAAGAUUGAUCCAGCCGUGCUUAAGAUUCGAGCGUUGGUGAAGUCCCUUAAAAAGUCCCAAGUAAGAAAACAAAAGUUCUUGGACAUUGUUGAAACUUUAGGAAUGUCUGGUCUGAAAAAGGGUAUUCAGCAAGACGUAAAGACAAGGUGGAAUUCAACUUAUCUUAUGUUAGACAGUUGUAUCUUGUAUAAGCCAGUUUUCUCUCAUUUGAAGUUGGUGGAUUCAGACUAUGAAGACUGUCCAAUUAAUGAAGAAUGGGAACAAAUUGAAGUAGUCACAAAGUUUCUCAAGGUGUUACUAAAGAAAGAGAGCAUAAGUAAUAUUGAAUUCAUUAGGAACAUGGUAAAAGAGAUGCAAGCAAAAUUUGAUAGUUACUGGAAGGAGUUGAGUCAUAUAUUGGCUAUGGCAGUUGUGUUAGAUCCUAGAUCGAAAAUGAAUUUUGUGAAAUUUACUUACUCCAAGUUGUAUCCUGAUGAGAGAGAAUUAGAAUGUCAAGUUAAUAAAGUGCAUAGUAAUAUAUAA